AUGAAAGACAGGGAGUGCAUUCCCGGACCCAAACCUCUGCCGGUAGUGGGAAAUCUGUUCGACAUCGACCUUGAAAAUGUCCUCCAGUCCAUUAUGAAAAUGGCCGACGAGUUUGGGCCCCUCUUCCAAAUCAGAAUCAACGGCCAGAAUCAGAUAUUUGCCAACAGUCAAGCACUGGUCGAUGAGCUCUGUGACGAAACCCGUUUUCACAAGGCCGUUGUCGGUGGAAUUGAGAAGUUACGAAUGCUGGCCAACGACGGCCUCUUCACGGCUUACCACGGAGAGCGCGGCUGGGGCAUUGCCCAUCGGAUUCUGGUGCCUGCCUUUGGCCCGUUACGUAUCCGGGACAUGUUCGAGGAUAUGAGCGAUGUCGCGCAACAGUUGGCCCGCCAGGGAAGUUCGACCAGUAUCAAUAUCACCGAUGACUUUACACGCCUCACAUUGGACACCAUCGCGCUCUGCACGAUGGGCUUCCGGCUAAAUAGCUUUUACAGUAGUGAGACUAUGCAUCCGUUCGUAACUUCGAUGUUGUACGUGCUGAAGGAAGCCGACCUACAGUCCAACCUUCCUACGAUCGCAAACUCCAUGCGUGUCAAGGCGCAGCGGCGCACGUCCAAGAACAUCGAGGGAAUGAGGAGCAUGGCCCGUGAUAUCAUCAAAGAGCGAAGAGAUAAACCAGGGUUGGUCGACGACCUCCUAAACACGCUGCUGAACGGGCGCGACCCAGUCACCGGCGAAGGCAUGAGCGAUGACUUGAUUAUCAGCAACAUCAUCACCUUUCUGAUCGCGGGCCAUGAGACCACCUCCGGCCUGCUCUCCUUCACAUUCUACUAUCUGCUAAAACACCCACACAUCCUUGAUCGGGCCCGGAACGAAGUUGAUGAGGUUGCCGGCACAGACCCGAUCACGGUAAACCAUCUCGCGAAGCUUCCCUACAUCGACGCUAUCAUGAAGGAGAGUCUGCGUCUGAUGCCUACCGCCCCGGGUUUCUCCGUCACCCCCAAGAAGACGGAGCUGCUGGGAGGGAAAUGGACGGUCAAUCCGACAGAGUCCAUCAACGUGCUGCUGCCUACCUGUCUGCGAGACCAGACCAUCUUUGGGCCCGACGCGGGCGAGUUCCGCCCGGAGCGCAUGCUGGAAGAUAACUUCUCCAAGCUCCCAGCCAACUCGUGGAAGCCCUUUGGCAAUGGUCAACGCGGCUGCAUUGGGAGGGCCUUUGCCUGGCAGGAAGCCCAACUGGUGGUUGCCUCAGUACUUCAAACGUUUGACUUGGUGGCAGAUGACCCGUCUUAUGAACUGCAAAUCAAAGAGACUCUUACUAUCAAGCCAGAUGGCUUCCGAGUCAGAGCCACAUUGCGCCACGGCCAGAGUGCUACGGGGCUAUCCCGGCGCAGUAUGUCGGAUAGCGCUGCUGCGAGCCUGGCGUCAUCAACUCGUCUUGCCGGGAACAGGAACGACCGGGAGGCGGCGGCAGGGGAGCCCGUUUCCUUGUUCUACGGCUCCAACAGCGGAACAUGCAAAGCUCUCGCCCACCGGUUGGCCUCAACCAUGAUGGUCCGUGGCUUUACCAACCAGAAGCUCGCCCCACUUGACAGUGCCGUCGACAACCUGCGGACAGAUCAGCCGGUGGUUAUCGUAACCACCAGUUACGACGGGCAGCCCACGGACGAUGCAAAGAGGUUUGUCGCCUGGCUCGAAAGCGACAAUGUUCCCUCUCUUCAAGGCGUCUCCUACGCAGUCUUCGGUUGCGGCCACCAAGACUGGGCCAAAACAUUCUAUCGCAUCCCGAUCUUGAUCGACAACCUGAUGCACAAGGCCGGAGCCAAACGUCUCGCGACGCGGGGCGCAGCCAACGCCGCUGUCAGCGAUCUUUUCUCAGAUCUUGAAGCGUGGCAAGAAACCAGCCUGCUGCCCGCCCUCCGAAAGAAUUUCCUUCCGUCUAGCAGAAGCGACGUCAAGCCAUUUGACUCAACCCAGCUCCAAAUCUACCUCAGCAAGCCCACAAGGGUGGGUUUGCACCAGAACCUCGCCGAGGCCAAAGUAACUGCCGUUCGGAUCCUAACCAUCCCCGGGACACCGGAGAAGCGACACCUAGAAUUCCGCAUCCCGGGCGAAACCACUCUGCGCUCUGGCGAUCAUCUCAAUGUCCUUCCGGUCAAUCCGCCCAGCACGGUCUCCAGAGUCCUGGCUCGAUUCGAUCUCGCACCGGAUCACAGAAUCACGAUCAACUCGUUCAACGUGCUCGGUCUGCCCCAUGCCACGCCCGUAUCAGCAGGUGAGCUGUUCAGCUCGUAUGUAGAGUUGUCCCAACUGGCAACACGGAAUAAUCUCAAAGCACUCGCCUCGUCCGCACGUUCAGACGGGGACAAGCAAGAGCUGCUCCGUCUCCAAGAUUCCUACGAUUCACUCAUCAGGGAUAAGCGGGUCUCGGUCCUCGAUCUCCUCGAACGGUUUCCCGCCAUCCCACUCCCUAUAGCCGCAUUUAUCCCUAUGCUCCCCCCUCUGCGCGUCCGCACAUACUCGCUUUCCACGGCCCCCUCCUUCAAGCCCAUGCAUGGUUCGCUCACCUUCUCUGUCGUCAACGAGCCAGCAUGGAACGGCGACGGCCGGUAUCUGGGUGUUGGAUCAAACUAUCUCGCCUCGCUCACAUUAGGGUCCAUUCUCUACAUAUCUCCACGACCAGCUAAAGACGAUUUCCAUCUCCCAGUGGACCAAUCCAGCAAACCAAUCAUCAUGGCCUGCGCGGGAAGCGGCCUUGCCCCCUUCCGCAGCUUUAUUCAAGAGCGCAUGGUCUGGCUGAAACAGGGUAAACCACUCGCAAGGGCGCUGUUGUUUUUCGGCUGUCGCGAUCCAGAUAUAGAUGAUCUUUAUUACGAGGAAUUAUCCGAGUUUGAAUGCGCGGGCGUGGUAGAGGUCCGGAAGGCGUACAGUCAAGUCCCCGACCACUACCUGGCCAAGGGAUGUCGAUAUGUGCAACACCGCUUGGAGGCGGAAACUGAGGAUAUUCAGCACCUGUGGGCUCGGGAUGCGACAGUCUAUGUCUGCGGGUCGGGGAGUCUGGUCAAGGGGGUCAAGGCUGUGUUGGAGAAUAUGCUGGGGACAUUGCCUGAGGAGCGAUAUGUUACGGAGGCUUUCUAG